CACUAGAGCACCGACAACACAGCUGCCACCUGUCCAUUCCUCGCUAGCCAGCCGCUUGCAACAGUCCGCCGCUCUUGCCGGCCUAGCGGCGAUCGCACAUCUCCAUCGCAUGGCCCAGUUUUGUAUCUAAUGCCCCCCGUCGUUCUCUCAAGCCAUUUCUCUCUUCUCGCCCACCAUGCGUCGCAUCGCCUCCGUCUUUUCAAAACGCUCGAGUCGGUCAGAGCCCACAACUAGUCCCGACGACCCCCCCAAGGACGACCCGAGCAAGCCCAUUACUCCGCGAAGACCCGUCCGUCAUCCUACUCUCCCACAGCUCGUCAGCGAUUCCGCCAAGUCCUGUUCCUCGACCUCAAGCGCGUCUACAACCCUGCCCGCAACCCCAGUAGAUGAAGUCAUCCCUCGACGGCCGACCAGGAAGGCAAGCUGGAAGUCAUGGCUUGGCAGAAGAAACACCCCCGAGGCAGAGCUGGAAAAUCCACCGCCAAUCCCACCGUUGCCUCAAUCCGCGACAUCACCAGCAGGAGAAUAUUCAGCCUCGCUCUCCGACGUCGACUCGCUGCACUGCCAUGCCUCACGGAUGGCAGCGGUCAAUCAAGCACGUGAAAAUCUACGUGUCAUGACAGUCAACAAGCUGCGGCCGGUGGUGUCGGUGCCCCCGCUCAUCCAAGCAGUUGACUCGGGAAUUGUAACAUAUCCUCGAUCCUGUCGAUUGUGGGGUGAGGCCCCUAAAGUGGAGACACUUCGCAUGAGUAUGCUCAGGAAGAAGCUUGCGGACCGCCUUGCUAGCGUUCAUCUCAGCCCCGCAGAUGCGUCAUUGAUUGUCACCCUGGCUAACCGCACUUCCAACUCGGUUAAACCGAUCGGCUCUCCUUUGCCGAAUCCCAGUGACAUUUCCUAUCCCGCUCCCAAAUCAAUUGCACACUCCAGUCAAGGCCUCCAUCGCUGGAUCGACCGCCCAUGCUACGAAGAACGCGUCCUUCUAUACUUGCCCGACAACGCAUCGGGCGGCCUAACAGCACACAGAGUGCCCGGUUCGCACCUCGGCGUGCCAGAACUUGACUUCUCGGAUAGCCUCCAACUACUCGCGGGCGUCACCUACGACAAUCCCCAGCCAGACCAGCCAACACCGCCCUCACAACAGCCUCCACAUGUUCCGUCCCCACCAGCAUCCAUCUUCCCCUCCGAUGCAUCUUAUUUCCCCCAUUCACCGCCCACAAUGCCUGCAAUCAUUCCUCAAUCUCCGGAUCCUGUUUCGCCCCAGCCUGACCCUGCAAAAAUGCCAUCUACGAUCUCAGCACCCAAACGCGGUGUCAGAUUUGCAGAGGAUGACAAGGAAGAUCAGAUUCCGCUGGGCUACGUUCUGCGCAUCAAGCAACGUCGAGAAGAAAAGGCUCGCUUCCUCCAGCAGGAGAAAGUCAGACGAGACAAGGAGGACGCAGAACGUCUUAAGCGGGAAGAGCGCACGAGGCAGGAAGCAGAGCAACUGCGUUUCGAAAGAGAUCAGGAGCGUCAGAGACAGGCACAAAUUGACGAGGCGAGACGUAAGCAGUCGUGGGCUGAGGAGGUUAAAGCUACUCGUUUUCGCCGUGAGUCUGCGCGAGCUGGCCAUCCCUCGUCGCCGGCACCGAGCAAUACAGAACGCUCUCGUUCGACUUCACGAGACCCUUCACGUCGCCGUUCUCAGCCUCAAAACCAAUCUCAAUCCCCGCACUCCACUCAAAGACGCGCACCUGAAGUAUCACCCAGCCCUCCCAUCCCCCAGCACAGUUCUUCCUCGCAUAGUUUGGCAGGUAGUAUACGGAACUCGCGGCCACCUUCGGUCUACUCAAGUUACACCAACUCUUCUGAAGAUAUUCGCUCCCGUGACUCUGGGCGUUUCAACAAGAGGAACACGAUUGGGGUUGAUCCCAUGAUGGUCCAGUACCCUAUGUGGAAUGGACCACCGGUGCCUCCGAUGAUGCCGAUGAUGCCGAUGCCUCACGCAUCUCCUUACAUGUCUCACACGCCAAUGGGCACGCCUAUCCCGACCUUCCCUAGUGUGCCGGUUUUUGCCCCGCUAGACAUGCCUCUACUGCCCCCCUCGGCCCCAUUCAUGAUGGGGCAAUCGAGUCGACGAAACUCGUCUAGCUCUUUGUCUUCAAACUCGCCCUCCAACCGAAACUUACAUCACGUUUCCCAUGGUGGCAAUUAUGAGGGUGGGCACAGUGGAAACCGCUCGUCGAAUUCCAACUAUUCUGGUCACCAUCGCCGGCCUAGUAACGAUUCAUCAUUCACCUCCUCACGCGGUGACUCCCCACAUUCAGGAAGCCUGACAGACCUUCAUGAGAGACGUCCAUCCGCCCCGCGGAGAUUAUCUAGCCAGAUACCGCCAAGCUCACAGCAGACGCGAAAUCACCUUUCGACAUUGCCACGUACUCAAGCUCUUCCGCUGAAUGGUUACAAUAGACAGAGUGCAUCGCCCUAUUUCCAGCAUCCAGGGAACCGCCGCCAGUCCACCAUUGCGUAAUUGGAGACACGCGCUUUUCUACAGACUUGACUAUGGACUGUAACUUUAUUAUCUCACCUGCACGCUCGUUACUUGCAUUAGCGUCAUAUUGUGAUACCCCAGCUCCCUUUUCAUCCCUACAACGGAUCUGCAUCUUUACAAUGUUCUUGUUCCGCAACCCAUCAAUCAUACAAUUCCGCCGUAAUCGUACACUUUCCGCUUACAGACUCUUUUUCUUCUUUGUGCAGAAUAUCUGUGCUAGUAGUAUUACUCCCUUCGUUAUCA